AUGGCGGAGCUGUUGCAUGCCAAGAUGGGUGGUGAUACGAUUGAUGUUCCUGUUCCCAAUCUACCUGUUGGCACGGCCGGCGGCUGGGAGCGCGUAACGUUGCUGAAGGACGAGGCGUAUAAUGAUGGAGAAGCUAAUCGUUACCACGCGCUGGGCGGUUGGCUGAUCUUGGUUGGGUACAUGGUAGAUGAGAAUGGCGGAUUGUGUCGACGGAGUGAGGAAAUUCGUGAAUUCUCGAUUCUGAGAAAGGGUUACGGUUUGUGGAACAAGAACGAGACGGAAAGGAGAUACUUCGUCAUGGUGCCCAUAUAG